AUGUACGAGAGCCGAGUGAGCUUCUUUAACAAGGCCGACAUCGUCUUCAAAUUUUUUUUUCCGUCCGAGUUGGAGGUUCCGACUGUUGAUAGGUUCUGGGGUAUUGUUUUGAGUCUAAUAGAGCACCCAACGUUGGAGCCUGACGAUCCUGUUGAACCUCGCUCCAAAGAGAUAAACAAAGCAAAACGGUCCUUGCAAAUGGAGAAGCUUGCCCGCCAGCGAAACGAAGUCACCAAGACUCUCGACCGACAAAUCGCUGCCCUCUCCUCCUUCAACGCCACAUUCAGCGCCGCCUCCCCAGAAGACCUCGAAAAAGUCCACACCCCCUGGCUCCUCGUCGACGCCUGGAUCCACAUCCUCCUCGGCCUCGCCAUCUCCCCCAAAAACACCACCCGCUCCGAAUUCCUCCUCGACUCCGGCCUCUCCUCCCUCCGCCAAGGAACCGACACCAUGAUCCAAUCAGUCGCCAACUCGUUCGAACGAACCCUUUUCGAUAGAUCAGUCAUCCUCCCAACGGACCUCUUCUCCCUCAUAAGCAUGCAGCUCCUCAAAGACAUCACCCCCGCCCUUCCCGACAUCAGCGAGACCUACUCCUCCUACCUCGACACCAUCGAAUCCGACAUCACCACCAAACCCUCCACCCGCACCCACGAGUACAAACUGGGGAGGCUCAAACAAGAAGUGUCCAUCGUCCAAUGGACCGUCGCGUGGCAGAGGUCAAUCUUUGACGCAAUGUCGCAGAGUUCAACGCGGAACUGGAGGAUGCAACCCCGCCACCCCCAUACGAGUCACAGGGGGAUGUACACCUACACGCAACUCCCCUCCCCAGACAUAACCGUCAGUACCCACGGAUACAGACAACUACUUAUCGAUGAGAUCAUCAGCUUUACCGACCGCCGCGACAAGGAGUUUAGUGAACUGCGAAGUCAUGCUUCGCAUUUGGAGGAGUUUAAUAGGAAUAAGCUGGAUACCACCCGUGACAGGCAGGAGAGGGCGAUUUACGCGUUUACGAUUGUGACGAUUGUUUUUCUGCCGUUGAGCUCGAUUGCGAGCAUUUUUGGGAUGAAUUCGGCUGACGUGAGGGAUAUGGAGGUUGGGCAGUGGGCUUAUUGGGUUACUGCGGUGCCGGUGACGGUCGGGGUUGUUUUGGUGGGGUUGUGGUGGACGGGGGAGAUGGGGGGGGUUGUUAGGACGGGGAUGGAGUGGGUGAGGGGUUGGUGGGAGGGGGGGAGGUGGACGGAGAGGGAGGAGGAUAUGGUGCCUAUGAUGGGGGGGUAUGAUGGUGGUGGUGAGAGGGUUGGGUGGAGGGAGAAGGGGGGGUAUGUGGUUGGGGGGGUGAGGAAGAGGAGGUGA